UGGUAAAUGGAGGUUGAAGGUCAAUAUCUGGCAGAGGGAAAAGAAGUAGCUUGAACUAGAGAAAUCUUGUCAAUAAUGGGCUGAAGAAUAGACUGACCUCACAUUACUUCAAUACCAGGCUACAAGGGUAAGGUGACCAGAUCAAUUUUGGAAAUGAAAAUCGGGGAGUCAUUUUUUUUAGAGUGGGGGGGGGGGGGGGGGGGGGGGUGGGGGGGGUGGAGGGAGGUGGGAGGUAGCUUCGCAAUAAAUAAAAAAAGCAUUGAACUAUAUUUAACUAUCAAUUAUCGCUUUUCAAACAGGCUACUUUAAUUCAUUAUAACACAUAAAUUGAUUACCCUUCCACAGUUUUAUCAAUCUUAGCCUAUCUAGUAAUUUUAGAAUGACCCAAGUUUGGUAUGCUGUUGGAUGCACAUAUGGCCGCGCAUGGUUGUUCAUGUGGUGGUCACAAUGUGGCACUGAUCAAACGUUCUCAUAGAAGGUCUGCGGGAGCAAACGAGUUUGGUACAGGGAUAGACAUCAUUUUUACAUGCUAAUAUGAUUAGGUACCGCGUUUGAUUAUUGACAUUUAAACCUCAAUUUAACUUUACAGUUGCGUUUUUCUGUUUGAGGGCUAAUCGUGGACAGCUCCAGCCGGGGACAGGCCAACAAAAUCGGGGACUGUCCUUGGGGACGUCUGGUUACCCUAUACUAGGGGUAAUGCUGUGUUCAUAAGCAAGUGGGAAUGUGGUAAAUACUAGUUGUGAAGUCCUAAAUACCAGUUGGAUGCAUUCACCUGCUUUGGACUCAUUAAGAAACGCAGAUUGGCUAAUGGACAACAAGCUGCUUCAACCAUAAACUAAAAGUACAGCUAUCAUGCUUGUAAACAAAUUAUAGUGUUAAAAAAUAUAAAUAGAUUGCUUUUUUAUAAAUAAUGUUUUGUUAUUGCAUUUAACUGCCGAAAAGCCUGUUAUCGAGGUCAUUUCCUUAGUAGGUGAUGUCAAAGGUCAGCAUGUGGGAGAAGUCAGAGCUCAGGGAUGAUAGACAAGUUUCACACUAGUAAUUACCAGUUGGAGGGGCGUUCAUGUGGAUUUUUUCCAGUCGUAUGUGGUAUAUACCACCUUCCUACUUGGUUAUGAACACAGCAUUAGACAACAAAAACUCUCACAAACACUUAACAAUAUUUCAUAUUCUCAUGUGUAUGUUUGACCAUUGCACAAUGUUAUUCUCUACACAGGGAGUACUGACAGACCAGCAUGCUUAGAGCACGCAUGUGUGUGUCGGCACUAUGUCAUCGCUCAGGCACGUUUGUGCUUCGAUGGGUCAACAUCUGCAGGAAGAUAGCAUGUGUGCAAAGUGCAGUGGGUAAGGAAUGGAUGGAUUAAAUACGUCAUAUCCCUCUGAAAGCACAUUACAUUGACCAAACUUUUGUCCUUGUCAAUAGAGAUGAUUUUGUUCUAUGUGACUAUCUUUCUUUUACCUGGUCUUUCCCACAUUUUCCAUUUAUUGAAGCACCUGUGUCUCACCAGGGCUAUGAAGCAGCCACACUCUACCUCCUUAUAUCUUGUCCUUUUACGUUGUAACUAAAAUGCACAAAGUGCAAAAUCCCCUGUCUGAUCCCAUGUUGUUUUGGUGUGCUUCUCAGGGCCAGUGAGAUGGAAGACGUACUGUAGCCCAGCACCUUUUUUGACAGCCACGCCUACCCGCGCUCUCAUAGAUGAGCCGAUUACCCUAGAGGGGCAUCACCUUCCCCCUCACUCACCUAUCACGGUGCGCGCCUAUAUGCAUAACGAGGACGGUGACCUAUGGGAGGCGCUCUCUCACUACAACACAGACGAGAUGGGUGUCGUCAACAGUUGAGUCACAUCACUGACAUAGAAAUAUAAUUACUAGUUUAUAUUAGUAGUAGAAUUAUUAGUAACAAUAUUUAUAUGAUCACUGGCUACAGUAUGCAGGAGCUAGGAAUCUCGGAUGGCAGAUUGUUUUGUCUGAACAACAACUAUUAUUUUGUAAUCUUAGACUAUCUCACCCUCUCCGUCUCUCUAUUUACUCUCUCUCUCUCUCUCUCUCUUCCUCCCCUAACCCUCUUCUUCUCACAGUGACCACAGAUGAGUCUGUAGGGGGUUCCUAUGUGGGCUGUGAGCCCAUGGGACUGUUUUGGGCCCUGCAGCCUGCACCUGGAGAGAGAGAGGGUCUGAGGUAGCAACAGGGAAUAUAACUAAAAAAGCACGCGAAGCUAUGGUCACAUUGAAUAUGAUUCAGAGACAAAUGCUAUUGUUCAACGAAGUCAAUCAACACUAAAUAUUUUUAAAAGGGAUAGUUCAUCAAAAUUAUAAAAUUACGUAUAUAUUGGGUGAUUCCUCACAAAACUAGAACAAAAAAAGACCAUGAUUUUGGGGAUUUUCAUUAAAUGUAAUCCAUAGAAGGGUCCUUUGGAGGAUGGAAUGUUGACAUAUAUUUAAUAUUUGUAUCUUAAAGCAUAAUUGAGAAAUAAUUAGUUGUAGUUGGAAUUUUUGUGAAUUUUUGGCCUUUCUGUAGGUGCUACAAAGCUGGUGUCACAUGAAGCUUUACUGCAUACUCUGUAAUAUGAGUAGUAUUUUGAUUUCAAUAACAUUUACAUUUACAUUUUAGUCAUUUAGCAGACGCUCUUACACAUUUAUGAAUAUAGAAAAAUAUAAUAAUAAUAAUAUGCCAUUUAGCAGACGCUUUUAUCCAAAGCGACUUACAGUCAUGUGUGCAUACAUUUUUACGUAUGGGUGGUCCCGGGGUUCGAACCCACUACCCUGGCGUUACAAGCACCAUGCUCUACCAAUUGAGCUACAGAGGACCACAACAUUAAUAUACAAAAUAUAACAUUUUAGAUUUGGCAAAUUUUUCUGUAUUUGUAAACUACGUCCAAAGGACCCUUGGUCUUUUUUUGUUCUAGUUUUGUGAGGAAUCACCCUAUUUCCUUAUUUUCAAAGUAGUCUAUGGGCCAGGAGUUAUCGCGAUACAGUGUUGGGGUUUGUAUACAAAGGCCAUGAUAGUGACAGUUUCAUCUGUACAUUUUCCCACAGGCUUCGGAAGAAAAACGUUGAGACUCCGUACUCAGUACAGUUGUCCUUAUUAGAGGGUCAUAUUCCGGUUCCACCCAGUGAGGGUUCCAACAAGGAGCAGUGGCAGAGAGGGGAACAGGAGCUGGCUGCAGUGACUGUGGAACGCUGGUACAUGGCACCAGGCGUCCGGAGAAUAGAAAUUCGGCAGAAUGGAGUAGUGGGGACCUUGUUCUUACCCCCAGGUAAGAACUAGGUCUGAGGGAAAAGGGUGAUUGCUUUGAUAAAUUGUACAUAUCAAAUCACAUUUAGAAUCUUAGAUUAUAACACAAGAUUACAGAGUAUCUUUACACAAACUAUUAUGACUGAGGCUUUAUUCCAAUACUGAGGGUGUUGUGGUGUCCUCUUUUGUUGCCUCCAUAGGUCCAGGUCCAUUCCCAGCCAUGGUGGACCUGUGGGGUAUGGGCGGGGGGCUGAUAGAGUACCGCUCAGCCUUGUUUGCUUCCCGGGGAUUUGCCAGUCUCUCCCUGGCCUACUUUGGCCACAAAGACAUCCCUGGUCCACUCAACACUAUCAAUGUGGGAGAUGCCUACUUUAAGGUAAUAAGGGGGUAGUGCUUAGCCUAUAGAAAUGUAGCACAACAUGGGCUUAUAGGAACACAUUUAAUUCCAUGCAUCAACCAGCUAUGAAGAGCUGGCUCUCGCUGUGCAACAGGUGAUCCUAUUCCGCUCAAACUCUGAAUGCCAGGGCUCUCAUGAAGAGUUUGAUUUGGUUUUCGAUUGCAUUUGCAUUGAUGUCAGCGUGAUUAGAGGGAACAAUAGAGCGCUGAGUACCGGCCAAUAGCGACUGGCAGUUAGUAAGUUUGAUAGGCUACUAAUGACCAUCAGCGGCAUCAGCGCGCAGUGUUGGAGAAGCCUAGUUACCGUGACUCAAUGGUCACGUGGAAUUUGACUGCGGUUAGGACUCGUGACUGCCGAUGUGGCGGCAAUACGGUCUCCGUAACAGCCCUAGGUAGUGCUAGGUUUCAAAGUAGCUAGGUAAUACACCCCUGUAUGAACAUAACAUUCUGGCACCUCAGCAAAAUUAUCUUUCCUCCUUUUUUUCUCAAUGGGCGUUGAAAGGCUGCAUUCCAGUUUCUCCAGGACCACCCCCAGGUGUGUGGGGACAGGCUGGGGAUCAUUGGCCUCUCGUUCGGAGUCUACCUGGCUCUGCGAAUCGCCACUCAGAUUGGUGUCAAUGUAAGUCUGGCCAUACAACCCCCUGAAGCAGUCAUCUGGAUUAUUCCAUACCAGUCAUCAAACAACGAUUAGCCUUCCAAAUAUGUAGUCUGAGGUGGAAUGACCAGAAUUUGGGUAAAAGAGAAAGUCGAGAAUAAAGGUUACAUACAAAUAUGAAGACCUAUGUCAUGAGUAUGAUGAGUUACAGUGAGCUCCAAAAGAAUUGGGACAGUGACACGUUUUUAGUUGUUUUGGCUCUGUACUCCAGUACUUUGGAUUUAAACGGAUACAAUGACUGAGGUUAAAGUGCAGACUGUCAGCUUUAAGUUGACAGUCUGCACUCAUCCAUAUUGGGUAAACCUUUUAGAAAUUACAGCACUUUUUGUACAUAGUCUCCCCAUUUUAGGGGACAAAAUAUAUUGGGACAAAUUCACUUAUAUGUGAUCAAAAGUUUAGUAUUUGGUCCCAUAUUCCUAGCACGCAAUGAUUACAUCAAGCUUGUGACCCUACAAACUUGUUGGAUGAUUUGCUGUUUGUUUUGGUUGUGUUUGAGAUUAUUUUGUGCCCAAUAUAAAUUAAUGGUAAAUAAGGUAUUGUGUCAUUUUGGAGUCACUUUUAUUGUAAAUAAUUGUUAAGCGCGUUGGGCCAGUAACCGAAAAGUGGCUGGUUCGAAUCCCCGAGCCGACUAGGUGAAAAAUCUGUCUGUGGCCUUGAGUAAAGCACUUUACCCUAAUUGCUCCUGUAAGUAGCUCUGGAUAAGAGGGUCUUCUAAAUGACUAAAAUGUAAUGUAAAUGUAAAUUCAAAGUGUUGGAGUACCGAGCCAAAACAACAAAAAAUGUGUCACUGUCCCAAUACUUUUGGAGCUCACUGUAUAUGAGUCUACAUGUAGGAUUGCAUCUGAUUAGAAAUUCCUGGGAUUUCCAUUCACUCAGUUUCUUUGUCUCAGCCCAGGUGUGUGAUAGGAGUCAAUGGUCCAAUAGGAAGUUUCAACAAACUAUCGGACAGCGAUGGCCAGACCGAAAGCUUUGAAGGGUUAGUUACCAUGGAAACAUAGGACAGAAAUAAGCUUUUGAAGAACUGUUUUUAACAUUAUAGCAAUAUUGAAAUAUAGUUAACAUAUUCAAGUAUUGUGAUGUUUUGAAAAUGAUAGUAUGCCUGAAAGAUGACUUUACAGGGACAAAAUUAGAUAAUUCUCAGUAUAUUGUGUUAUUGUCGAGAGGGGUGCUACUCUUUUCUUAUCCCACCCAUUGUUAUGUUAUAGGGAUCAGAAGCACUGGAGUUAUGAUGAACAGGGCUACGUCAGCUUCAGAGAAGUGUCCAUGCCCAACAACAUUCCACCUGAGAACAAAGCAAAGGUACGACACUCAAGUGUUGUUGAUGGGGUCAAGAACCCCCUCCAGCCAGCUGCACAGAAAAUGUUACCAUACUCUAUGUUAUCAUAUCAUUUUAUUUAUAGUAUAGGAGUACCUGUGCAGCUUGUGUGGUAUUUGUGGAAAUUAAUGUAGAAUUUGUUUCCUAGGGUUACAUCAACAAUUAUAUAAUAAUAAUAAGCCAUUUAGCAGACGCUUUUAUCCAAAGCAACUUAGUCAUGUGCGCAUACAUUUUUACGUAUGGGUUUAGGGGAUCGAACCCACUACCCUGCCGUUACAAGCGCCAUGCUCUACCAAUUGAGCUACAGAGGACCACAUAUAUCCUCUGUCUGUGCAGGUUGAAAACCUGUGUUGCCCCCUACUGUACAUUGUGGGUGAAGAUGACUUGAGCUGUGCAGCUAUUGAGAACGCAGAUGAGGUAAGCCUACUUCAUGGGAUGUCCUUACCAUUAAACCUACAAUAUGCCAUACUAUGGUAGUAUAUAGCUAGUGUCCUAGUCAUAGCUGCUGAUAGUAAUAAUUUUUCCAAAUGUCGUGAACAGUUGAAUUAACAUACUGUAUACAGUGGGGAAAAAAAGUAUUUAGUCAGCCACCAAUUGUGCAAGUUCUCCCACUUAAAAAGAUGAGAGAGGCCUGUAAUUUUCAUCAUAGGUACAUGUCAACUAUGACAGACAAAAUGAGAAAAAUAAAUCCAGAAAAUCACAUUGUAGGAUUUUUAAUGAAUUUAUUAGCAAAUUAUGGUGGAAAAUAAGUAUUUGGUCAAUAACAAAAGUUUCUCAAUACUUUGUUAUAUACCCUUUGUUGGCAAUGACACAGGUCAAACGUUUUCUGUAAGUCUUCACAAGGUUUUCACACACUGUUGCUGGUAUUUUGGUCCAUUCCUCCAUGCAGAUCUCCUCUAGAGCAGUGAUGUUUUGGGGCUGUCGCUGGGCAACACAGACUUUCAACUCCCUUCAAAGAUUUUCUAUGGGGUUGAGAUCUGGAGACUGGCUAGGCCACUCCAGGACCUUGAAAUGCUUCUUACGAAGCCACUCCUUCGUUGCCCAGGCGGUGUGUUUGGGAUCAUUGUCAUGCUGAAAGACCCAGCCACGUUUCAUCUUCAAUGCCCUUGCUGAUGGAAGGAGGUUUUCACUCAAAAUCUCACGAUAUAUGGCCCCAUUCAUUCUUUCCUUUACACGGAUCAGUCGUCCUGGUCCCUUUGCAGAAAAACAGCCCCAAAGCAUGAUGUUUCCACCCCCAUGCUUCACAGUAGGUAUGGUGUUCUUUGGAUGCAACUCAGCAUUCUUUGUCCUCCAAACACGACGAGUUGAGUUUUUACCAAAAAGUUAUAUUUUGGUUUCAUCUGACCAUAUGACAUUCUCCCAAUCCUCUUCUGGAUCAUCCAAAUGCACUCUAGCAAACUUCAGACGGGCCUGGACAUGUACUGGCAUAAGCAGGGGGACACGUCUGGCACUGCAGGAUUUGAGUCCCUGGCGGCGUAGUGUGUUACUGAUGGUAGGCUUUGUUACUUUGGUCCCAGCUCUCUGCAGGUCAUUCACUAGGUCCCCCCGUGUGGUUCUGGGAUUUUUGCUCACCGUUCUUGUGAUCAUUUUGACCCCACGGGGUGAGAUCUUGCGUGGAUCCCCAGAUCGAGGGAGAUUAUCAGUGGUCUUGUAUGUCUUCCAUUUCCUAAUAAUUGCUCCCACAGUUGAUUUCUUCAAACCAAGCUGCUUACCUAUUGCAGAUUCAGUCUUCCCAGCCUGGUGCAGGUCUACAAUUUUGUUUCUGGUGUCCUUUGACAGCUCUUUGGUCUUGGCCAUAGUGGAGUUUGGAGUGUGACUGUUUGAGGUUGUGGACAGGUGUCUUUUAUACUGAUAACAAGUUCAAACAGGUGCCAUUAAUACAGGUAACGAGUGGAGGAUAGAGGAGCCUCUUAAAGAAGAAGUUACAGGUCUGUGUGAGCCAGAAAUCUUGCUUGUUUGUAGGUGACCAAAUACUUAUUUUCCACCAUAAUUUGCAAAUAAAUUCAUAAAAAAUCCUACAAUGUGAUUUUCUGGGAAAAAAAUUCUCAAUUUGUCUGUCAUAGUUGACGUGUACCUAUGAUGAAAAUUACAAGCCUCUCUCAUCUUUUUAAGUGGGAGAACCUACACAAUUGGUGGCUGACUAAAUACUUUUUUUCCCCACUGUAUCUCCUUGGUUUUCAGAUUGAGAAGAAGCUUAAAGAUGCUGGUAGAUCCCACCUGUUCACCCGCCUGUCAUACCUGGGUGCUGGCCACCUGAUUGAGCCACCCUACACCCCCAACGCACGAAGCUCCAUGUGGACCACCCGACCAAAGAAACGUGGGUCCUCCUCUCCUCCCAUACACACCUUCACCUCUCUUUCAUAUUUAGUUUGUCAUGCUGUUAUGACCUUGUUUUCAGUGGUACUUUUUGUAAAUAGACAUUGAUUGUAUCCUAAAAUGAUAAUCAUACUUUGAAAGAUUUGUCUUGAAGUCAAUUUCUCAGUCCUUUAUUCUUGAUCUCUAUCUCCAGUUACAAGCACUAACAUAUGCAUUCACAUUUAAAGGGUUUCCAAAAAAGGUAAUAGAAGGAAGGGUAAUAGACAUUUUAAUUAACUUAUCUCUCAAUGAGAGGAUGACAGUAUGAUUCAUUUUUCCUGGUUAUUUCCCAUGCUGUCCUGUUAUGUUUUUUUCUCCUAUAGUGAUCACUCUCUGGGGAGGGCACCUGGCACCCCACGCUGCUGCCCAAGAAGAUGCCUGGAAGAGGACCCUGGAAUUUAUGGAACGCCAUCUAAGAGGGUGA